AUGCCUUCCCCAUCACAAACGAAUCACCGCCAGCGCAGCGCAGUCGAGGAACCCUUCCUCCCGCGGCACGGGAAGGAGGACGAUGACGAUGACAAGCCGAGGAGGGCAGGUUCGGGACUGACCCGCGGGAGGGUACUCCUGAUCGCCAUCGUCCUCUCGAGCAUCGUCUGGCUCCUCCUGGUAUUCCAGCCUCCCGCCUCGCCGAAGCCGAGCGAGAUCGACCCGGCGAGUAUAACGAGCGUGGAGCCCACCAUGCUGGACUACGGCGAGGGGAACCAGAAAUGGACGUGGAGGUUGCCCGAUAAUCUUGGCGGUCUGCUGCGACCGCAUGUGUACGGUGAGAUGUGCCGUGCUGCUGGGCGGGCGAGCGCUGCCGCUGCGGGGCAUGGGGGACAUGGGGGACAUGCGCAUCAUGGGUAUUACUGGGUCGAUGACCACUUUUUGAAUCCGAGGGUUGAGGACGAAGGGGCCUUGAGGGGGGUUUGCAAGAGGAGUCUGACGUACAUGCUUGAUUCUUCGGAUCCGGGGCUUGGGGGGAUGUUGCUUGGUUUGUGGAGCGCUUAUGGUUUGGCGAUGAGUGAGAAUAGGACGUUUUUUGUGGAUGAUAGUAAUUGGUUAAUCCACCUCCCCUCGUCCUCCUUUCGGCGUGGCUAAUUGUGGAUGGAUAGGUCAUGGGGAACUUAUGCCACCUAUUUCCUUCCGCGAAAACCCUCCUGCCGCCCCCCGCCUCCUAGCAUUGUCAUCCCCUGCGUGAAUCAAGCCCCUCACCUGCUCGUUGCGCACUCAACUACGAGUGCAACAUUCGGCCACGCCUUCACGGACUUCUUCGAAGAUGCAAGGAAAAUGGGAGUCCAGCGGCAACACAAGAUCUUUGCGCUUGCGAGGAGCGGAUACGAGGCGCUGUUCAGACUGCGCCUGUCGCCGGCCGACGAGGAAGCUGUCGAGGCGCGGAAGAAUCAGCUGGAAGAGGAAGGCGGCAACCGGAAGGUGCUGGCCGUGCAAAUCCGCCGAGGCGAUGGCAAGGAUAAAGCUUUCGAGUGGAGGAAAACAGGGCACGUUCCUGUGUCCCACUAUGCAGACUUGAUAUCCUCCGCUACCGCUAAUGCUGGGGGCAACGCCACCGUCCUCCUAUCGUCCGAUGAUCCGGAGGUAUACUCCCUUGCGGAAUUCGCGAGUUACACUCCCGCUCAGCUCCCACCUCCCCCUCCAGACACCCGCAAUAUAUUGCCUGGUGGGUGGACCAGACAGGCCUUUGGAGACGCGCGCGCUGGCGAAAGCGAAGCGGUGACCAACAUGGCCAGGGAGUACUUUCGCGACGUCAAGAUCCUCGGCGAGGCGGCUUCCACGCUGUUUUGCGGUGGGAAUGGGAAUACGUGUAGGGUUUUGGCGGUCGUUAUGGGCUGGCAGACGGCGGUGGAGGAGAAGGGGUGGGUCAAUGUUGACGAUGGGAGGGGAUGGUUUGGCGUCGAUUGG